CGCAUCUUCAUUCAUAUCUUACUUCCUGCACUGCCCCUUACUAACAUCACCCUCGGAAGGUGAAUCUUAUCUUAACUUACUUACUGUUUAAAUCAGAUAUCCAAUAUUCAUCUCUGAAUCACUAUUCUUUUGGGCUCACAAGAAUAUCGCCGUAUUCAAAUUGAUUGCGCACCUGGCAGGAUUCAGGUAUCGACAGGAUCUGUGGCACUUGGGCCAACAAUGCCACCCCAGACACGAUCCCGUGGCAAACCACCCGCGAGUGGGUCAUAUCGAUCAACUGCUGCAGCUCCCAAGCAGCAAUUAUUUCCUGCACGUCGCAAGCACGUCAAAACUUAUGGACGCCCUCGAUCUGCAAGAAAAGAUCCCAAGCAAGGAACAUUGACCCAGAUGGACUUCGUUACGCCCUCCAUGCCAGAGGACCCCCUCAACUCGGAGGAGGAAGUCGAAGAUGAGAAUGACGAUGCUGAAGAGCAAGAGGCUCCUGCGCCUGUAGAACCUGCCAAGCCUAAGAAGAGAGUUCGGGAAUCCCGGCGUAAGACAGCUGGCGAUGAAUUGACCAAGGAUGGAAAACCAGGAGAUGCGAAGAGACGCAAGACUUUGGGAGAUAUUCCGCCCUCCAAUCCUUCCAGUAGCUUCCAUACUCAGACUUUGACUCAACUGCUUUCCGUCAAGGGCGAAGAUGAGGAAAACGAUCCAUGGCAGAUCAACGAUUCAGAAGAUGACGAUGCAGAUCUCAUAAAGGAAACCCCAACAAAACCAAAAGAACAUGCUCCAUCUAAGCUUCAUGAGACCAUGCCAGAACCACAAAUUGGAAUCAAGUCCUCCCUUCCGAGUCUCGUCCAAUCUGUUACCCCAACCAACCGUCGACAGAGAUCAGUCAUUCCAUCUUCUAGCACAACAGUGGCAACGCCUUCAUCAACACCCAUAGUACCACGUUUUGCCAUGCCACAAAACUCACCUCUAGCUGGCAAAUCUACCAACCUCAACGCACCGUCUCCAAUUAUCAAGAAAGUCAACAAGACGCCGAAGCUCGGUGAUAGAGUGAUUCAAGAUUCAUAUAGCACAUCUCACAGCUCCCCAGCUAUGUCUCUCCGGUCGUCGAUUGCUAAAGUGACGCCAAAGAAGCAGACUCGGUUCAAAAUACCUCCUGAGAAUAAAGAGAAUAUUACACCAAACAGGACCGAACCGAAGUCGCCAAAGCUGCCAAAAGAUAGUUCAUCUCGAACACCUUUAAAAGAAAUUCCGGAUUCCGAUUAUGACUCCGACGAAACCCAUAUGGAAGGUGAACAGGUCAUUAGAGCACGUCAGAACGCUCCAGUGGAGGAUAUCCCUGCCACAGACGACCAAGAUGACCCCGGAGCUGCAGAGACAUGUUAUGGUGUUAUCGGAGCUGAAACACAGGCUGAGCUUGACCUUCUUCGAGGACUUGAUGAGAGCGACUCUCGGGAGGAGAGCCGAUCACGUUCGGCCACUCCCACGCCGAAGCCAAGACGAAGACAGAAGCAAAUUUUACGCGCGUCCCAAGCUACAAGUGUCUCUACUCCUGCGUCAGCUUCGGCUUCUGUGGUAAAAGAGACGCCUUUGUCUUCCCCACGACAGGAGCCGCCUGAUGAGGACAUGGAAAAUACGCACACUCAAGCCUACACUCAAGGCUUUGAGAGCCAACGAUUACCCCUAGAAACCAUCCGCUCUCUUGGUCCCCAGACUGGCAAUUCUGAUAUCAUGGUCUCACUUCACCCCGAGCCCUUAGCGAGAAUCCUUGACCGUACAAAGGACCACGAAUUCAGAGUCUGGAAGAUACCCCCUGACGUAUCUCGUAUUUGGAUUUACUCAACCAGGCCAUUUUCUGAGCUGAAGUACAUGUGUAUUCUUAGUCCACCGAAAGUACCUGGAGAAAUUCAGGACGAGAAGGGAAUCGGAAAUGCCGAAUUCAAUCAAGGAAAACAGACUGCUAAGUUCGCUUAUGAAAUAUUACAGGUCUAUGAACUGAACAAUCCGGCUUCCCUGGACGAGAUGAAAAAGAAAGGUUGGCUAUCUGCCGCUCCGCAGAAGUACAUCAAGGUUCCUCCGGCAGUUGUUGGAGAGCUCACGGCGAAUUUGAAGUGCGCUUUGUUUGGUGAAAAGCACGAUGCAGAGGGCGCACUCGAGGCGAGCAACCCAAAUGUCACUGAAUCACAAGAACUCAAAGCACAGCUUCAGAGUGAUGCGGAUUAUUCGACCCAGCAUCGUUCACCCGAGAAUGUGAAUGAAGUGAUUCCUUCAACCCAAACACCGAUCAAGUCAUCUGGCAAAAAGAGCCAAUCCGGUGAUAUUAGGGAUUUUGUGAAACCGGCUGUGCCCAGAUUGAUGUCAGGCUCUUCGGUUCGAUCACAGCGAGAUCCCGUGAGUCAGAGAUCGCAAGGUUUCGUUAGACCCUCCCAAGCUACUACAGUCUCAAGCCCCGCCGUAUCUCCCGAGAAGUCGCUCCCUCAGGCUAUACAUAUUUCUAGCGAAGCAUCUUCCCACAACAUUCAUAGCAGCAGUCCGACAGCUUAUCGGAAUGCUCGAAAUAACUCCCUAAGAUCUUCACAGUUCCUGACACGAAGCCAGAUGCUGCCGGACAGCUUGGUCAACGAGGAAAUUCAAGAGCCACCGCCGAUUAUAUGGGACUCGGCGGAUGAACAAUCAGAUUCAUGAUUCAUUAGCAAGGUUACGUGUUUAGGUAUCCGCGUGGGCGUUGCAUGGAUGGGUUAGGCUUUUACCCUAUAGGAUAGGAGAUGACAAGGGGGAGUGCGCACAAUUUGGCGUUCUGGUAUGCUAGGCUAGCUAUGAUGCCACGUUUGUUUUUCCAGGGCACAUUGAAAUCAUGGAAAUAAUCAGACAGCAUUAUUAUCAGGAGUUAGGUAUCCUAUGAAGAAGCUUCAUGCAUUUCUAAACCAAGC